AUGCCUGGAAAAGCGCCCGGAGGCAAGCCGCCUAGCGGAGCAGGAAGAGGCGCACUGCUGGGAGACAUUGCCAAGGGCGCGAGGUUGAAGAAGGUCACAGUAAACGAUCGAUCAGCACCGAUAGUUGGGAAGGUAUCAGACGGACCGAGCGGACCACCCAUUGGAGGCGCUCCUCCGAUCCCUGGCAUGGGAAAAGCACCAGCACCACCUGGCCUUGCGCCGCCUGUCCCGGGCAACCGAGCGAGGAGUAACAGCGACACGGGGGGAGACGGAGCUGGAGGGGGCGGUGGAAUGGCGAGCGCGGCGCCACAAUUAGGAGGUCUGUUUGCAGGCGGGAUGCCAAAGUUGAGGAAGUCUGGUGGUGUGAACACUGGCAGAGAAAGCAGCUCGCCAUACCUGUCAGAUCCCGAGACAUCGCGAGGUGCAGCGCCAAAACCACCUCGAGGAGCUGCACCAAAGCCGCCAGGAGCAGCGCCACCCAUUCCUGGAGGACGACCACCACCUGCCCCUGGUAUUGCUGCGCUCAGGAACAACUUGCGGCCCUCAUCCAUGCUAUCUACACACUCGACAUCCGACAUAGGAUCCAAGCCAAAGCCUCCUCUCCCAGGGAAGAAACCGCCUAUACCACCUCCCUCCUCACGAAAACCAUCUGGACUUGCGCCUCCGCCGCCCGCAUCUCCAGCUCGAGCUCCACCCGUGCCUGGUUCAGCUCCUCCAGCUCCUCCACCACCGCCACCUUCAUCAACGGCUCCGCGAGCGCCGAGCCGAUCCACACCUCCACCGCCGCCUCCGCCAGCUCCACCUUCGAAAGCACCACAGGACGAUGACGACGACGAAUACGAUCCAUACAGAUACACUAACACCCCACCGAAACCUCCUUCAGCGCCCUCUCCUCCACCAAAAGCUCCCACGAACGGUGCACCUUCUCUCGCCGAACAAGCCGCCCGCAACGCCUUUGGCCGCGCAUCUCCCGCCGCGCCGCCUCCACCACCUCCAUCCUCAGCCCCCGCACCUCCUUCGGCACCCAGCGCAUCAGCGCCUCCACCUCCGCCAAUGUCGCCGCCAGGGAGACCAGCGACCCAAACGCCUCUGCGCUCGAUGAUAGAUCCGAGUUCGUACACCCUCACCAACGGCGGCUCAAGCAUCAAAAGCCCUUCGAGCCCAGCACCCGGGCAGAAGGGCAAGAUCAUGCCUGUCCACGACCUGCGGUGGAGAUUUGUCGACGAAUCUCAAUUCCCGAGACCAAGAGAAUUCCUGGGCGGACCGAAGAAGUACAGAGCGGGACGGGGAAGCAGCGUGCCUUUGGAUCUUAGCGCCUUUGAGUAG